CUCGCGACUGAAGAGCAACAGAAGUGUUUUGGGGCGGCCGGCAGAGCGCUAUACCGGCUGCUUCCAGGGGGCUGUACGGUACUCAGUCAGCUCAGAGCCAUGUGAACUUCAGUCCCUGGUGAAUCCCAGAGGCACAGCGGGCGAGAGGCAGAGGGAGAAAGGAAGGAAGGAGUACAUGCGAAGUUAGUGCUGGGAGUUGGACAUCGGGCAUCGUUCGGCACUUUUCGGCCCGGCCCCAUGUCAGCAUGAGUUUCCGAGAGCUCGACCGCACAGAAAAGUCUGGGAGACGCGAAGUGUCGAAAUGUUUGAGUCGAAAGUCUGAUUGUGAUUGUUGCAGCCAAACGUCCGACUGUUUUUAACUGGAGACUUGAGCGCUGCUCGGAUCGUUUUUGGGGGUGGGGGGGAGGAGAUAUGUUUUGAAUCCUUACGUUCGACAGAGAUGCAAAAAGCCAUGUUCAAGAAAAUGAGUUUAAAUUAUUUGUUUUUACCGUAUCUAGUUUUUUACCUGUUGUUGCAAGACGUCAGCGGUUCCAAUAUUUGUACAAGUGGACGUGCUACCUCCUGCAAAGAGUGUUUGCUUAUUCAUCCUGACUGUGGAUGGUGUGUUCAAGAGGAAUUUGGCAACAAGGGAAACUUCUCAUCAAGAUGUGACUUUAGGGAAAGUUUGAUUAAAAGAGGAUGCAGUAUUCACUUUAUAGAAAGCCCUCAAAGCAGCAUACAGAUAGAAAGAAACUUACCAUUGAGCAAUAAGGGAUCAGGAUCAUCGCAAUCAGAUGUCAUUCAACUUGCACCUCAAAGGAUUGCACUCACACUAAGACCAGACCAUGAGACAACAUUUCGUAUGCAUGUACGGCAGGUGGAGGAUUACCCUGUGGAUUUGUACUAUCUUAUGGAUCUUUCCCUAUCCAUGAAAGAUGAUUUAGACAACAUCCGUGUGCUGGGUACAACGUUAUCCAGAGAGAUGGCAAAGCUCACCAGCAACUUUCGUCUGGGCUUUGGAACAUUUGUUGACAAGCCAACAUCACCAUUUUCUUACACAGGACCGAAAUACCAGAACAACCCAUGUGUAGGAUAUAAGCUGUUUCCACAAUGUGUUCCAUCUUUUGGAUUCCGUCACUUGCUGUCACUGACUGACAAGUCUGACAAAUUCAAUGCAGAAGUUCAGAAACAGAUGGUAUCUCGGAAUCGUGAUGCACCAGAGGGUGGACUUGAUGCAAUCCUGCAGGCAGCCGUUUGCAAGAAAAAAAUAGGCUGGCGGAAGGAGGCUUCCCACUUGCUGGUAUUUACCACAGACGAUGUACCGCAUAUUGCAUUGGAUGGCAAGCUUGGUGGUCUGGUACAGCCCAAUGAUGGACAGUGCCACCUCGAUGAAAAUAAUGAGUACACUUCCUCAACACAAAUGGAUUACCCAUCACUUGCACUUCUUGGAGAAAAGUUGGCAGAGAACAACAUCCAUUUGAUAUUUGCUGUUACUCAGUCCCAUUACAUACUUUAUAAGAAUUUUACUGCUUUGAUCCCUGGAACAACUGUAGAAAUUCUUGACAAGGAUUCAAAGAAUAUAAUUCAACUGAUUGUCAAUGCUUACAGUAGUAUUCGGUCCAAGGUUGAACUGACAGUAGGGGACCAACCAAAAGACAUUGAACUUUCUUUGACAGCCACAUGUCAGGAUGGUGUUUCACGCCCUGGUGUGAGAAAGUGUGGUGAUCUUAAAAUUGGAGACACGGUGUCUUUUGAUGUCACUGUAGAAGCUAGGAGCUGCCCGGAAGCCCAGACCAGAAAUAGCUUCACCAUUAAGCCAGUUGGCUUCAAAGAUUCACUCAGUAUAACGUUUGGUUAUAUUUGCAACUGUGACUGCACAAGUGGGAUGCAAGCCAGCAGCUCCAAAUGCAAUGGUAAUGGAACCUAUGAGUGUGGGAUCUGUAAGUGUGAUCCAGGCUUUCUGGGAGCCAAUUGUGAAUGUCUGGAUGGAGAAACCAAUAAUGUAUUCCAGACGUUCUGCCAUGAAGCAGAGGGAAGACCAAUCUGCAGUGGCAGAGGGGAAUGCAGCUGCAACCAGUGUGUCUGCUAUGAGAGUGAGUUUGGAAGGAUUUAUGGGACUUUCUGUGAAUGUGAUGACUUCUCAUGCGCGAGGCACAAGGGCAUACUCUGUUCAGGGCAUGGAGACUGUCAUUGUGGUGAAUGCAAGUGUCAUGCCAGCUGGAUUGGAGACAACUGCAAUUGUUCGACAGAAAUGGACUCAUGCCUGUCAGAUGAUGGGCAAAUGUGUAGCGGUAGAGGAAACUGUGCAUGUGGCCGAUGUUCAUGCACUGAGCCUGGAGCAUUUGGGGAUACCUGUGAGAAGUGCCCAACCUGCCCUGAUGCCUGUGGCAUGAAAAGGGAGUGUAUAGAAUGUAGAUUGUUUAAUUCUGGGAGGCUGGCUGACAAUCAGACUUGUCAAAAGCUCUGCAAAGAUGAGAUCCUGACUGUGGAUGUCCUCAAAACAGACGAUCAGGAUGCAGUUCUCUGUCUGUACAAGACUGAAAAUGACUGUGUCAUGAGGUUUACUUAUUCAGAACACGACAGUGGAAAAUCUGUUCUUACUGCUUUAAAGGAACCAGAAUGUGCAAGUGAAACUGAUCCAGUAACUGUAUUGAUAGCUGUAGUUGGUAGUAUUUUGACAGUGGGCAUUGUUUUGCUUGCCAUUUGGAAACUGAUUGUCACUAUUCAUGAUAGAAGAGAGUUUGCCAGAUUUCAAAAUGAAAGGUCCAGAGCCCGAUAUGAGAUGGCAACCAAUCCACUGUACAGACAACCCAUAACCACACAUACUGUGGAGAUUCUUUCAAAAAUGCAAAACAUAUCUUACAAUGGUAUAGUUGACUGAAAAUGGGGAGUAGGACUGCAGUGAUAACUGUGCCAUCAAUUUGUACCUAACUGGGAUUUUGUUCCUGAAUUUGGCAACUGGAAAUUCUGCCAUUCGUCCUUCGUUGGCAAGGUUGAAAUUAACUGCAUUCUGCACAGAAGACAACUCGGUACUAGGCAUCUGCCUGAAUUAGACAAAAUAUCUUAGAAUGUGUGCUUUGGACUAUUGACUAUUAUUCUUGGACAAGAAAAUAUUUCAUUAGAUUUAUUGCCUAGAUAUGGGAUGAUGGAAAUAAAAAUUGCAACUUUUUUGGCACAGGUAAACUUUUCAAGAAAGCUUGUUUUGAUAUGACAAAAAAUAUAAAGCUUGGGACUUUUAAGGCUUUUUUAAAUAACAAAGUUGGUUACAUUAAAUCUGUGACAAAUGUUUUUAGCGUAACAAAAACUAACAAGUAGUUAAUAUGAGCACAAUACUUCUGAAUUGAGCAGAAAUUUGCAUUUUCUACUUAUAUCUGCUUAGCAGAAAUAAAACCAUAUGGUAACAUUACUUUGAUUGUAGAAAUAUUGGGAUAGUCUUGACUGAUUCCACCAGCUGAAAACAGUAUGGUAACACUCUAAAAUAACAGGAUAAUGCUUCCUGCCUUGUUACUAUUUCCAAUCUGAUUGGUGCCAAGUUCAGACAGAUGAAUCGUGUGUCAGGCUGUAGACCAUUUUAUGAGGCAUGGGUUCAGUGUUGUACCACGAUUGUUAUUUUAGUAUUGCAUUUGUAAACGCCACCCAGUAUCGAGUGGCAGUCCAACUUGAGUGAAACUAUGUGUAAAUAACUUUAAAUUUGACAUUGUGGAGCUGUAAGGAACAGGAAUGCUCCUCACUUGGGUCAGCAUAAAGGGACUGGCCCCCUGCCACAUGUGGUUUUCUUCCAUUUAAACUGCCUCCCUGCUCUUUUCAGGGCUAGAUUGAAUUUGCAUUGAUGGCCAUCAGACUGCCCAAUUUUGCUGUGGCCUAGAGUGACUGGGCUGCCACAGAGUAUUCAUUUUUGCUUGCUGCUUUCGGGCCCUGUGAUAAUGAAUAGGUAAAAAACAAGGACUGCAGAUGCUGGAAACAGAACCCCUCUGGUGCUCACCUUCCACCCAGCAACCUUCGCAUAAACCACAUCAUCCGACAACAUUUCCGCCACCUCCAAACGGGCCCCACCACCAGGAAUAUAUUUCCCUCUUCACCAAUUUCUGCUUUCGCAAAGACCGUUCCCUCCAUGACUACCUAGUCAGGUCCACGCCCCCCAACAACCCACCCUCCCUUCCUGGCACCCUCCCCUGCCACUGCAGAAAUUGCAAAACCUGCACCCACACCUCCUCCCUCACCUCCAUCCAUGGCCCCAAAGGAGCCUUCCACAUCCAUCAAAGUUUCACCUGCACAUCCACCAAUAUAAUUUAUUGUAUCCAUUGCUCCCAAUGCAGUUUACUCUACUUGGGGAGACUGGACGCCUCCUAGCAGAGCGCUUUAGGGAACAUCUCCGGUACACCUGCACCAAUCGACCCCACCGCCCUGUGGCCCAACAUUUCAAUUCCCCCUCCCACUCUGCUGAAGACAUGCAGGUCCUGGGCCUCCUCCACCGCCGCUCCCUCACCACCCCACGCCUGGAGGAAGAACGCUUCAUCUUCCGCCUCAGAACACUUCAACCCCAUGACAUCAAUGUGGAUUUCAUCAGUUUCCUCAUUUCCCCUUCCCCCUCCUCACCCCAGCUCCAGCCUUCCAGCUCAGCACCGUCCCCAUGACCUGUCCUACCUGCCUAUCUUCCUUUCCACCUAUCCACUCCACCCUUCUUUCUGACCUAUCACCUUCAUCCCCACCCCCACUCACCCAUUGUACUCUUUGCUAACUUCCCUCACCCUCCUCUCUGACCUAUCACCUCCAUCCCCACCCCCAUUCACCUACUGUACUCUAUGCUACUUUCUCCCCACCCCCACCCCCCCUUCUCAUUUAUCUCUCCACUCUGCAGGCAUCCUGCCUCUAUUCCUGACGAAGGGCUUUUGCCCGCAACAUCUAUUUUCCUGCCCCUCGGAUGCUGCCUGACCUGAUGUGCUUUUCCAGCAGCACUCUAAUCUAGUCUGUGAUAAUGAAGCCUAUCCCUCAAAAUGGACUAUACCUCCUUGGAAGUAUCCUACGCAACUGGCAGCCCAAGCCUCCACAUUGUAAUAGUUUACCUCACUGUGCCACAGCUAUUGUUUCCUGAUUGGCUAUACUAGGCUACUGAUGCAAAAUAUCAAUGUUAUAUAAUUUUAUACUAGUUAAAGAGUUUGUAGAGUUUUAUUCAUUGAAGCCCUGAUGAGACUUGUGAAAGGUGACUGUGUCUACAUUCUGGCAUUAAUGCUUGUUAUUUUGUUUGAUUCUUUUAUGCAUGAAGAAUAGCAUGGAUAGCACUGUGCUAUUAAAGGUCUCUGGAACAGAUUUCAUUUCGGUGACAUGAACUGCCUUGUACUUUCUAAAAUGUUAAUGUAGUCCAGUUAUGCAGCAUCUUUACUUGGAAAACCAUGUUAACACAGAAAAUAGCACUUUCAAAAAUUAUUUCAGUUAAUCAACUUGACAUCAGUAAUACAAUAUGAUAGUCCAAAUUUCUUUUUGCUUACAGUCCUACAGUUUCUCCUUAUGUACUUUCUAUAAACCUUUGCUGUUCAUUGGUUUCAACAAUUCAACUUUGGUGUCAUAUUCUGGUUGUCUUACCAUUCAUGUGGCAUGAAUCAAUAUGUUUUGUUUUAAAAAACUUUCUUGGGUAUAGAAGUGCCAAUCCUCAUUAACAAAAGAUGCCCAAGAAAUGAAUUGGUGCCUUGAGUUAACAUAUACCCCCUGAGAAUUGUGGUCGUUGUUAAAUAUAGCCAGUAUUACAUAUUAUUUAGCAGGGUAUUUGGUUCCUGUUGAUUUUGAAGUACCAUAUCCUCUCUGACUGCCAGUGAUUUAAUACACAACUCAUGUAAAUUAAUGGCAAAGAACUUCAAAAAAUUGGAUCAAGUAAAAUUGUAAGUGCCUUCCUCCAACUGACUUAAAUAAAUGAAGCAUCCCUUUCUAAGA